AUGGAAUAUUUAAUUUUCAAAUCCUCCGCAAACUUUACAAUUUCUCAUGAAAUCAAAGAAGCUUUUGGAGUAUUAUCUAGCAAGAAUACUCACAUUUUGAGAAUUCCAUCACAUGGCAUUGAAAGAUUAUUCUCCAAUUCCAUUAUUUUGACCCAUUCGAAUAAGAAUGUUCUUUAUUUGAAAAGAAGUUUCGGCUACAAUCAUUACGGACCUUUCACAAUUAAUUUAGGAUUUAAAUUUAGAGAAUCUGAUGAUCCAGAAUAUACCAUGUACUCAUUUCCAUCUUCAAACAUUUUGGAAAUUUCAAUUCCUAUCGAAGUUCCAACUUCCAAAAAAUCAUCAAACUUUAACACACCUUUCUAUUUGUAUAUUCAAUGCAAUUCACUAUCUGAGGAGUGUCCAUUAGAAUUGAGAGUAGCCAACACAGAACAUACUGAUAUUUUGACCAUUGUAACCAUUUGUAUUAUUGGCGCCAUUUUACUUUUUAUUGCAGCAAUUUCACUUCCAAGUUUGUACAUUGCCUGUAAAGGAAAAAAGAAAAAUUCUGAAAAGGUAAUUAGAGAAGACUCGAGAACACAAGAUGGAGAAACACAUCACGUCAAUAAUGAGGAAAUGUCUGGUCAAAUUUGUAGAGUUAGCUUUGAAAUGCCACGUCCAUCCAUUAGCUCUGAUAUUCCAGAUGAUUUGUUGAUGAGAUAUAGAUUACAAAACUCUGCUAGAAAUCAACAACCUGUUGAGUUGUACACUGUUAGCAAUGAACAAGAAUGUGUUGAGUUGGAGGGAAAUCCCAGUCCCUGCCCAAAUCAAACAGAAGAUUCUGAUGAUUCAGCGGCAGUUCCAUAUCAACAAAAAUCAGUUUACAAUAAGGAAAGUUUCAAGUAA